AUGGAAGAAGUGAGGACGAGCCAUGCUGGGCUGGGUGGACUGAGAGGGUCUGGCAGAGCGAGCGCUCCAAAGCAUCCGUUGCUGCAGGCUGCCGCACGGGAGGAGAGAAGGAAAGCGGGGCCAUUUCCGCAGCCCUGCUGGGUGAACUAUUUUCUCCUCCUCCCUCCCCAUUCCUCUUUCCUUGUAUGCUGUGUCCUUUUAGACUGCAAGCCAGUGAUUGUAUGUAAAUUGCCUGGGGGGGCUUUUUUGGCAGAGGAGCUAUAUAAAAAUGCUUCUAAUCAAGUUCCCCCCACCCCGCAGGAAAAGGCAAUCAGCAUUUGGGAGUCGAAGAACUUCUUCGUGGAACUGGACCCGCUCCCAGGAGCUGUGGAAGCUGUGAAGCAGAUGGCCAAGUUAGAGGAGACGGACGUCUUCAUAUGCACAAGCCCCAUCAAGAAGUAUCGCUAUUGCCCCUAUGAAAAGUAUGCGUGGGUGGAAAAACACCUGGGCCCAGAAUUUCUGGAGCAGAUCGUUCUCACCCGGGAUAAGACGGUGGUCUCUGGAGAUCUGCUGAUCGAUGACAGGCCCGAUAUAAUAGGCGCUGAGCGGAGCCCCAGCUGGGAACACGUGCUCUUCACGGCCUGCCACAACAAGCACGUGGCGCUCCCGCCUCCACGCCGCAGGCUGCACUCGUGGGCCGACGACUGGAAGACCAUCCUGGAAAGCAAGCGAGCUCUGUAGAGCCAGCCAGCCCUUCGAGCGGCUUCCCGGCAUGCCUGGCAAGGGGCAGGUUCGCCCGCAGGCCCGAAAGACGAGUGGAGACGCACCCCAGGCAGAAACGGGGGUGGCUGCAUCUCUGGGUUCGGUUCUCCCAGGCAAAAGCUAACAGACGUGAAAGGCGAAAGUCUUCUGCGGGGAGCGCAGAAGAAAGCAGCCCCAGAGCGGCUUCCGGUGCAGAACCUGCUUGCGGGGCUGCAAGAUGGCCCGUCGUGGCCGCGGGACAGAGAUGCUGCCCACCUAGAAACGGCCGGUGUUUCCUGAGGACUCUGGGUGCCUGGCCCGAUCGCCCCAUCAGGGGUCUUCCCAAGCCCUGCUGAGCUUCACGUUUGGCCUCCAUGGAGGUGGCCCGCUUCCUUCCCCUGCGCUCCCAGUGGGCAGCUCUCCAUUACGGGGCCACGUUCACAGUCGCCUCUGCGGGGCGCCUUUGCAAAAGACACGUUCCGGGCCCCAAGCCCACGAAGCCGUCUCCUGCUGGAGUUCCAGGCCAACAUCUCCGGCAUGCAGGGGCCGGGUUCCCAUUCGGUCGCCCUUUCGACUGCCAGUUCAGCCUCCCUCCCAUGUAAGCCCAGCACAGGCCCCUCAGAGGCACGCGGGCCUUGGCUGCGCUUGGCCAGCCGGGGAUGCUUGGAGCUGGAGCCCCCGCAUGCCUGGACGGUGCUCUGUGGGGAAGGCGGCCUCGCCUCUAACCCUCCCCAGCAGCCAGCGGCCCGUGUCCGCCCUGCUCUGCCGCCUCAUUCAGCUGCAAACGCACACGGCCAAGCAAGCCGCAUCCCCGCCUCAGACCCCCACGCAGCCCGCCCCCAAACCUCUUCAGAGAAAAAGCUUGCGCCUCAGCCAGAAAGGGGCCCCACCUGGCUGGCUGGUUUUCUCCGCAGAUAAAUAUUUAUCUGCCUACUUACUCAGUGUACAGUAGGACACUUAGGCUUGUGAGUCCACAGCCUAGAGCCUGAAAACCGGCCUGCCAUCCCACGGUGCUGCCGGCCAGAAGCGGCCCGAGUGGGUGCUCCGUCAUGUGGGUCGCGUGCUGCUGGAGAGAGCCACGUCCAGGCGGGGCCUUCCUGCCUGAAGCCGAGCGGACGAUGCUUCCUGCGCCCGGUCGGGUCAGGUCGCGCAGUCCCCUGCACACCUCACCUGGGGCAGGCAGAUCCUGCAAGCGCUUCUCCCUCUUGCCGGCGGGAAAAAUGCAGCCGCCACGGUUGCAUAGCUAGCAGUUUCCUGUCUUUUAACAACAGCCUCCGGGCGCGACCCGCUGCCAGUUUAAGCAGGGAAAAGGCCAGUUUAGACGGGAAGAUGUCUGUGGCUUGAGAGAGUCCUUUUUUCUGUCCAGACUGGCAGAAGGUUGCACUUAAAAUCUGCUGACUGAGGCAAACAAUUCACCCCGCCUUAUGGCCGGGCCGGGCCAGUCCGGAAGUGGGACAAGCCCAUACUGCAGUCAUCCCCAUGAUAAGCUGGGCCCCAUUUAUUCCCAGUGCCAAAACAUUUCUUAGAUGGCAAAAACUUGUCCUCCAGUAGAAAAGCUUUGCAGCUUCCAAAAGAAGCCGCGGCUAAAGCUAAACAUCUCUUUUUUCACAAAUCAAAACCUGGCAGAACUGCAGAAUCGAUUUGGCGGUGGAUGUCCAACAUUUUCAGGUAGAGUUUUCUGAAUUCGAAUGUCUCCUGUACAAUGAGAGAGAGCUCUUGAGUUGAAAUGAAUUUGAAAGGCUCAAUGUCGGUUUGUUCGUCUGCAUCAUUUGACACCCCAUCUGCUGCAUCCGCUGUUGGAAAUCUAGCAAUGUGCAUAACUGGUAGCAUUGAAAAAAUAAAUUUGAAUGCAAACCGA